CCUGAGUGUAUUGAUGAUAAUAGAACAGCGCUUGUUAUUUUAAAGAUUUUACCUUGUGAAUGGCAAGGGGAACGAUGAAGGUGCAGUUCCGUGGUGUUGUUAUCUGGCUUGUCGCCAUAGGUUUCAUCGUACUCAUCUGGAAUAUGAGCUACAACCCGGGUGAUUUAAGUCCAGAAACAAAAGACACUACCUACCCUGUACAUGAAUUUUAUAUACCGACGGUUAAGUACGAACAAUACAAGACUACAACCCCAAAAGUAGCAUACAACAUCAAAGAUCACAUACGCGAUCCACAUCCAUACAAAAAAGUGGAUAAUGUGGACAAAAUGUAUUCACAAGCAAAUCAGGAUAAAGUUGUGUACGAUAUCUUGAAAAAAGAUGGUGGAUUUUUUGUGGAAAUUGGUGCGUUUGAUGGACAGUUUCUUUCCAAUACGUUGUGGCUGGAACGUAAGCACAACUGGACAGGACUUCUUAUCGAGGCUAAUCCGGAACUCUGCCAGAGAAUAGAUAAAGUUCAACGUCGUGCUUGGAGAAUGUGCGCAUGUCUCUCCAGUGCAACUAAGCAGGUAACUUUUAUUAAGGGAGAAGCAGUUGGUAGUGUGAAAGAAUACGUAAAUGAGCAUCAUGUGAAACUUUUAAAGAAAGAUAAUACAGUGUCUGUUCCUUGCUUUAGUUUAGAGGAAGCUUUAAAUCAUGUGAAAAGAAAGCACAUUGACUUUUUUUCGCUGGAUGUAGAAGGAGCUGAAAAAGUUGUUUUGCAGUCACUACGAAAAGGGCUUGAAUCUCAAAUAUUUACUGUUGAUGUAUGGUCAAUUGAGUAUAAAGUUUACGAUGGAAGUAGAAAUGUAAUAGAAGAAUCUAGAAAAAAUCUUCAGUUUUUGAGAGCGUACUUUCAGACUCUUGGCGGAUAUUUCGAACAUUCUCAAUUAGAACCUCUCGUUCCUUCCCCGAAAGAUGGAACUGCUUUAGAUGUGGUGUUUGUUCGUAAUACCGUUUGGUGUAAGUCGCAUGACAGUUUGCCAGACGGAAAAAGCUGUCCAGGCAAAGAAACAGUGACUGCUGAAAUGAAAAAUUACAUUAAGGAACCGUCUCCUUACAAGAAAAGAGACAAUGUGGACAAAAGAUACUCCCAGGCAGGCCAGGAUAAAGUUGUUUAUGAUAUCCUUAACAAAGAAGGAGGAUUUUACUUGGAGAUUGGUGCUUAUGAUGGAGAGGGUCUUUCCAAUACCGUGUGGCUAGAGCGAAAGCACAACUGGACAGGUCUUCUUAUCGAAGCUAAUCCGGAACUCUGUAAAAGAAUAGAUAAAGUUGAGCGUCGAGCUUGGCGACUCUGUGCAUGUCUUGCAAGUUCAACCAAGAACGUUACGUUUAUAAAAGGAGAAGCUAUAGGUGCAGUACAGGAAGAGGUUGACAAACAUCAUGUUAAAUGGAUUAAGGGAAAGGACCUUGUUCCUAUUCCAUGCUUUAGAUUAGAAGAUAUUCUAAAAUAUAUAAAAGUCAAUCAUAUUGACUAUUUUUCUCUGGACGUUGAAGGCGCAGAAAAAAGCAUCUUGCUAGCACUACAGGACAGUCUGAAAAAGAAAACAUUCACUGUUGAUGUGUGGACGAUUGAAUAUAAAGUUUACGAUGGAAGUAGAAAUGUUAUAGAAGAAUCUGUGAAAAAUUUGAAAUUUUUACGGGAGUACUUUCAGAACCUUGGUGGAUAUACCGAACAUUCCCAAUUAGAACCUCUCGUACCUUCUCCUAAAGAUGGGACUGCAUUAGAUGUGGUUUUUGUUCGCAAUGAAGUUUGGUGUAAAUCGCAUGACAAAUUGCCAAAUGGAAAAGACUGUUCAGGGAAAGCGACGACAGCAAUGUCGUUUGAUAUAAAAAAUUACAUAAAGGAACCGUCUCCUUACAAGAAAAGAGACAAUGUGGACAAAAGAUACUCCCAGGCAGGCCAGGAUAAAGUUGUUUAUGAUAUCCUUAAUAAAGAAGGAGGAUUUUACUUGGAGAUUGGUGCUUAUGAUGGAGAGGGUCUUUCCAAUACCGUGUGGCUAGAGCGAAAGCACAACUGGACAGGUCUUCUUAUCGAAGCUAAUCCGGAUCUCUGUAAAAGAAUAGAUAAAUUUGAACGUCGAGCUUGGAGACUCUGUGCGUGUCUUGCAAGUUCAACUAAAAAUGUAACAUUUAUCAAAGGAGAAGCUAUUGGUGCAGUACAGGAAGAAGUAGAUAAACAUCAUGUUAAAUGGAUUAAGAAAAAGGAAUUCGUACCUAUUCCAUGUUUUAAAUUAGAAGAAAUUCUUAAUCAUAUAAAAGUCAAUUAUAUUGACUAUUUUUCCCUGGACGUUGAAGGCGCAGAAAAAAGCAUCUUGCUAGCACUACAAGACGGUCUGAAAAAGAAAACAUUCACUGUUGAUGUGUGGACGAUCGAAUAUAAAGUUUACGAUGGAAGUAGAAAUGUUAUAGAAGAAUCUGUGAAAAAUUUGAAAUUUUUACGGGAGUACUUUCAGAACCUUGGUGGAUAUACCGAACAUUCCCAAUUAGAACCUCUCGUGCCUUCUCCUAAAGAUGGAACUGCCUUGGAUGUGGUGUUUGUUCGCAAUGAAGUUUGGUGUAAAUCGCAUGACAAAUUGCCGAACAAUGCACCCUGUGUAAAAUGAUUAUAAUGAAUGUUAGUUCUAUUUUCUCUUACAUUUAGCUUUUUUUUUUUCAAAAAAAUGUAUGAUUCUAAUUGAUGAAACUGUGUUUUACAAAGGUGGUUUAAUAUUGUGGGUAUUCAACAUUUACAUUUCUUGUACAUAUACACAUAUUUAUCUUGUAUGUAUUCUGAUUUGCUUGAUGGAAAAAAUGAUUAAUAAUAUGAGAAAAAGAGGGCAAAGCGAGUGAAAGAUUACUAAUGUAGAUGCAGCAUCAGCAUUAAUAUUACGUGAAGUAUGCAAAGAGAUUUUUUAACCUGAAAAAUAUUUUUAUGUUCAAGCAUUAUACUUUUGUCACUAAAUCAUCUUUACACGACAAUCCCGUUAUUUUGAUUUUGAGUUAACUGAAUUUGUCAUUUUCAGCAUCACUAUACAUUCUUUUACGCUUAACCUGAUGAAUGUUAUUUCGAUUUUAACACAUGCUGAAUGAUCUAUUACACACACACACACACGGAGAGAGAGAGAGAGAGAGAUCUUUGAUUGACAGCUUGUGUAUGUUUCACAAUUCAUCUUCAAUUGAAUGAUUGUGUAGAGUCUUAAGGAUAUAACGCGUUGUUUGCUAUUAAUACUAUCUGUAGGACCGUAUCAGUUGACAAAACAAAUUUGUUGAGUAUUAACAUUGGUUAUAACCAAGCCUGGACCGUUUGUUUUGUUCUACACGUCAGCCGUUCAUCCAAACGUGAAUUGUUGAAAAGCGUCAGACUUCAUACCUUGUCAGAUUACUUUCCCAUUCUUAGCAGUGCUGUAUAACACAGGCCAAUGUUGAAAUUAAUGAAAAUAUUUAUAUUUUUUACUUAAACUCGUAAUUUUAGAGACAAAAUAAGCACUCUGAGGACAUUUUAAAGUACGGAAAUUUCUUUUUAUUUUUAUUUUCAAAGAAAAAUUCUACAAAAGCUUUGAAAUUUUUUUUUUUUAAAGUAUAUUUUUUAAUAGAAGUCUGCUUUUUUUCAGUUAGAUAAUGAGGAACUAAUUUGUACUCCUGCAGAAGUAACAACCAUAGCUUAAGUUAUGCUGUAUCUCAUAAGAGAAGGAUUCUCUAAAUAAUAAAAACAAAUGUGUGUUUGA